AUGACAAGUAGUUCAAACAGACGGGAUAAUACUAAACUGCAAAAUGAAAGACAUCAGCUCAUAAUUCAGGAGUUACUUCGUGAUGACGACAAUAAGUACUGCGCAGAUUGUGACGCGAAAGGGCCACGUUGGGCUUCCUGGAAUAUUGGCAUUUUCUUGUGCAUAAGAUGUGCAGGGAUACAUCGCAAUCUGGGUGUUCAUAUAUCCAAAGUUAAAUCCGUUAACCUUGAUACAUGGACUCCUAUGCAGUUGGCUGUUAUGAGGGAAAUGGGUAAUAGCAGAGCACGAGCUGUAUAUGAAGCAAAUUUGCCCGAUAAUUUUAGAAGGCCACAGACAGAUGCUGCGUUGGAGACGUUCAUUCGAGCAAAGUAUGAACAGAAACGGUACAUAGCGCAAGAAUAUACCCCAAGUAAACCCGAUGUAGAAUCUUUAAUGAAAGAAUUGCAACGUCUUGAAUUGUCUCAAAAGAAAAAAUCGCCUACUGUGAGCUUGGGUGCUCAUUUACAACAGCCUACCAGCAGAACGCAUCGUCCAUCUAAGGAGCUAUCAGUAACAUCAUCUGAAACAGAUAAUGUUAACAGGACAAACAACGAUUUUGACCUUCUGGGGCUUGACAGUGCUUCUAGUCCAGAAAAUAAAAAUAAUCUAUUUGAUCACGGUGGUUUUAGUCAAGCAACUUUUGGAAAUCAACAAAAACAGUCAACUGCUGGACAACAACCAGUCAGCUCACUAGUAGAUACGACCCAACAUAUACAAAAACCUAAAGAUACUGCAUCUAGCUUGACAUCUGAUCUUCUGGGUUUGGACUUUGGAUGCACUAACUUGGUCGGUGAAAAGACUACAAAUGUAGCUAAUGAUGGACAAGUGUCUUCAGGAUCCACGUCAAAGAUAACCAAAGAUUCAAUCUUGGCUUUGUAUCAGCAAAGCGCACCACAGUCAAGUAGUUUGAAUUCCGCAUUGUAUCCAGGAAUCAUGGGACAGUUCUCAACUUCUAACUUUUCAGGAAAUCAGUACUUUGGAUGUAAUCCUCCACUUGAUAAUUCUACGCAUAACAAAAAUAUAAACAAUUCGGGUAAUGGGGAAACGAAAGAGCCACAUUUUCCUCCCAAUCAAUUUUUAUCAUACGGUUUGGGCAUAAAUCCAGCUGGAACUAAUAAUUUGAAUGGAUCAUUGCAAUUUAUUCCUCCGUCACCUAAUUUCGCUGUCUGGCCUGAAAAUAAUACCUCCGCAUGCUCAUCUAUUGCAAUACAACCGAAUCAGAACAUUGUUCGUCCGAAUCAGUCGUUUGAUUUCAGUAAUACCUUAAACUCCAACCGUAAUAAUCCAUGCACGAACACAUUAUCUCAGUUAUGGAAUAUGAAUAUGAAUCAAACAUUACCAAAUCAAACGUUUGGAAAUUUCGUUUCUCACUCAGCAAAUAACAACGUGGCACCAAACAAUGAAAUGUAUUUAUCUCAGGUUAAAAGUCAGUUAACUUCAUUAUAUCUUGGCAAAAGUCCACUGAAUCCAUAA